ACUACAUUUUGCUUGUGGGUUUGCUGUCAGUCUCGCAAACAACAAGCCAGGGUUAGCAAAAAGAUUUUUAAUUACUUUUAGUUAAAAUUACCGUCAACUAGUGAAAACACUUUUUUAUUUAAUUUAAUCAACUCAGAACCAAGUGGUUAUAGGACCACUUCCCCUAGGCCAAAAUAGUCCUUAAAGUAAAAAGCCUUCCAGACAGUGCAAUUGUGUACCUGCGCACCCACACCCCCACCACGGAGAGCCCCAGGCAACCGGGGCCACAAGCAGCUCGUGCAUCGGGGAAGGACGGCUCUGCUGCCCCUUCCACCAAUAAACGACGCUGGGUCCCACCAUCGACAUUGAGACACCGCGAUGCCCUCACUCCAGAGUCCCGUAACGAUCAGGUGUUCCGCAGAGUGCGCGGUAUCCUUAAUAAGCUCACGCCCGAGAAAUUUCAAAAAUUGAGCGACGAGAUCCUACGCAUCGAGCUACAGUCUUUUGUCAUUCAGAAGGGCGUCAUCAUACUGAUUUUUGAAAAGGCUCUAGAUGAACCGAAGUAUUCGUCGAUGUACGCUCAGCUGUGCAAGCGGCUAAGUGAAGAAGCUCCGAACUUUGAACAAGGCGACGGUACCAUUAGCACCUUCCGUAAAUUAUUGUUAAAUAAGUGCCGGGUCGAAUUUGACAAUCGAGCUGCCGCUCUCGAACGUCACAGCUAUGGAGCGGUCGAUCAGGACGGUACGCUGCUUGAGGAGGACGAGCUCGAAGAGCGUCGUCAGGCAGCAAAGAGGAAAAUGCUGGGCAACAUCAAGUUCAUUGGUGAACUGGGCAAGCUGGAGAUCUUAUCGGAAAACAUAUUACAUCUAUGCAUUAGGGAGUUAUUGGUUAGACGAGGCGACGACCCCUCGGAGGACCUGGAGUGCCUCUGCCAGAUUAUGCGCACGUGCGGUCGCAUCCUCGACACAGACAAGGGUAAAUACUUGAUGGACCAAUACUUCGAGCGUAUGCGUACGCUCGCGGACAACGGAGACUUGCAGCCGCGUAUACGGUUCAUGCUGAAAGAUGUGAUUGACCUGAGAAACGAUAAUUGGAUGCCGCGGAAAGCGGCUAUUGUCGAAGGGCCCGUACCAAUGGCACAAAUUCGACCCAAUGAAGACGACCGACUAGGUUUUAGAAGGGAUCGCAAUCAACACGACCGAGACACGGACCGUUCCCAGACGGACGGUCUUUUCCGACACCCGUUAAAAACCAGAGGAGGCCUCGAUGACAUUUUCGGGUUUAAUCCGUCGCCGGUGGCGCCUCUCAUUUCCGCACCACCUUCGUUCGGGUCGGGUCCAAAUGGGUUCGGCUCCGGCGGAGGUAACGGUCGGGACGUCCCUUUCCGCGGUGAUCGUCGGGGCGUUCAAGGAUUCGGUGGUGCCGGUACUGGCGGCGGGGGUUUCGAAAACAGCCGAAGGGGUCACUAUAAGCACAACCAGAAUAACAGUGGAUCAAACUAUAACAAUCAAUCCAACAAAGAUGUAGCUCCGCGCUUCAAAAAAAAUUUGAUCUUCCCGAAGGAAAAUUUGGGCGAAGUGGAACUGAGACCAUCGAUAGUGUUCAACAAAGCUUCCGUAAAGAGCAACAACGCGAUUAAUGCCGCCGGAGGGGGCAUGCAAACCAAUCGGGGGGUUAACACCGCUCUCGAGCCGCCACACUUUGGCGGCAGUAAGCAGCCGCCGAGCGCUAUAAAGGAACCGCUCCCGAUCGCCCAAGACAAACCCAAGCAAUCUAAAAAAGACAAGGGGCCAAACAAAGAAGAAGUGGUUAAGAAAUUUAACACGCUGCUCGACGAUUAUUGGAAAGGGGAGGUCGAUAUUAAACAGGCGAUUAACUGUUACAAGGAGCACAAAAUUCCGGACAAGUGCGUAAAAGAUGUGAUUGCGUCCGGCCUCUCGCUCGCAUUGGACAAGUCAGAUAUAGAACAAGAGAAGCUGAUUAAAUUGUUGGCGAAUUUAAAAGAAGACGGUGCCGUAUCUGGCUCGGCCGUGCAAGAAGCUUGCAAGUGUCUGUUCCACGCUUUAACCGAGAGAGAAGUGAACGGAGAUCGAGAGGCGACCUUCAAUGCGGCGUCCAUCUUGCUGGCCGACGCGGUAUGCGAACACCUGCUGCCCCUUUCGGACGUCGCCAGUUUGACGGACAACGGCGCCCAUCAUCCACUGUUCCUGUUCGUGCUGAGCAGAGUGAAGAAGAAGAGGGGCAAGUCGGAAUUGAGCGAGAUAUUUAACAAGAGCAAAGUUAAUUUGAUGGCCCAACUACCCGAAUCGGAUAAAACAAAGGAGCGUUUGUCGGAGAUCUUGGAGGAAUACGAGCUGGCUUUUCUCUAUCCCUUGCUUCGUAUUCAGGCUGACCUAGCGAGACAAUUGGCGGCCGACUCAAACCCACAAAAUUUUUACAAAUGGAUCAAAGAAAAUCUUGAAUCUGCCGACUUCAACGACCCUGGUUUCAUUAACGCUCUCGUCACAGUAUUGAUCAAGUAUAUAACUCAAGAAGCCCAAUCGGCAGGUGAUGAAAAAGCAAUGGUUGAAAAAGAAAACUCAAUGUUGAAACGGUACCAGCCGAUUUUGCACGCGUUCCUCCGCGACAAAUCUUCGCUCCAAUUGGUGGCGCUCUAUUCGCUUCAGAUGCAUUUCUAUACGCUGGGAUUUCCGCGCGGACAGCUGCUCCGUUGGUUCGUCGCCCUGUACAAUUUGGAAAUCGUCGACGAGGAGGCGUUCAUAAAUUGGAAAGAGGAUGUUACAGACGCGUACCCCGGCAAGGGAAAGGCCUUGUUUCAGGUAAAUCAGUGGCUCACGUGGCUACAAGAGGCGGAAUCUGAGGAGGAGGAAGGCGAGGAUUAAAAAACUUUCGCUUGACCCAGGCACACAACACCAGAUUCCUACACAUACACGGUUUCAAAUUAAGCCGCAAAAAAAUUAGAUUUAGGAGAAAAAUGAACCUUGUUUUUCCUAGUAUAUUAGCCAAUUAUUUUUUUAAUUUGUGUUGCUUUGUUUGUCCUUAAGAUCCAUAAGAAGAGAUUAAACAUAAUAUUCCCAGUAUCAAAUUGUUUUCAAAAUAUUGUCUAAUUUAAGCGGAAACACGUUUUUAACUUUAUUCUGUCUUAAUCAAUUAAUUGCGAUAAAAAUAUUUGCUGGAAAUGUGACGAUUCUGUUUUGGUUAAUUCCAAUAAACAUAAACUUAGCAAAGGUGAUGUAGAUUCUUAAGUUUAAGUUGAGUUAGUGGUAAAUGCAUGAAGUUAUUAGAAAAUUGAGAAAAAAGGAUAAAGCAAGGCAUGCACGACAUGGGAAUUUUGCACCCAUUUCAACUGCCUCCUGAAUAAUGUAUUGCGUCUCAAGGCAUCUGUUGAUACAUAUGCCAAUUAAAGAAACCAAAAAUAUAACAUUUUCUGAUUUUGAUUUUGUUCUAAUUUUCUGUUUUAAUUAUUGGUGGUGGGAGUAUCCCUGCGCCUAAACUAAGGAGACCCAAGUAUUUUUUUUAUCAAAGUCCUGUGAGUAAGGAAAUGUUUACCAUUUUGUUUCUCAGAAUGCACUAUGUAAAUGUGUUUUUAUAGAAAUUGAUACCUUGUGUAAAACAGAAAUGUGUUCCAGUUAAUGUAAUUUUUUAUGUCGAACUAUAUUUAACGUAUUUUUUCUAAAAAUAUUUCAUUUUAUUUUUAUUAAUGAAUAUUUUUAAUUAUAUACACUUAGAUGAAAAUGUCUCACACUGAAAGUUGAAUU